UAGGGCUGUUUCGGGACUCUGUGUGAGCUUGGCCGUGAGCAUGGCGCCCCGCUGCCCCUCGCUCUCCCUCCUGCUCCUCUUCUGCUGGCUCUGGAGGGCGCCGGCCAGAUCCGCACCCCAGCGCGGAGCACUCGAAGUGCUGAUUAAAGUCCAGGUCUUUGACAACAGUGACCUUUCACCUCUGAAGGAAGCUGCAGUUCAGGUGUAUGGAAAUCAGUCCACUUUGGCCUCUGGACUAGCAGGAGAGGAUGGCAUUGUGAGGGUUACCUUUAUGUAUCGCCCCGGGACCUGGGUCAUCGUCGCAGCAUCCAAAUAUGGAUUUGUAACUAACUCCGCCCCCUGGCACGCCAGUCGCAUCCCCUUGUAUGCCUCAGUGAGUCUGUACCUGCUCCCUCAGAGACCAGCCACCCUGCUGCUGUAUGAUGAUGUGGUGCAGCUCCUGCUGGGUUCUCCAGGCUCCAAAAGUCAGCCAUGGGUGCAGCUGCAGCGGAGAGCCAUUCGUCCAGCCCUCAACACCUCCCACAUCGCACUCUCCGCCAUGCUCACCUCCACCAGGAGUCAGUACGAGCUUGGGGGCUUCCCUUAUCCCUUGGGCCUGGAGAUCAACUCCACAGGUUCAAACAACAGCUGGGUAGAGCUGACUGCAGUGGCUGCAGUGUGUGCCAGACUCACCGGACCCAACGGUACUGAGGUCCAGGUCUCGGACCCCAUCCAUGUGUCUGUUCCCCUUCCCUCGGACUCGCCCCUCAAGACCGCCACGAGCGUAUCUGUCUGGAGGUUCGAGGAUAGGGCAGGUCUAUGGGUCAGAAGUGGUGCCGGCUACAUUAAAAAAGAUGGUGCUCAGAUGACCUGGAGUUUUGUGGCACCACAUUUAGGCUAUUGGCUGGCAGCUUUCCCUUCAGCUGCAGGAACAGGCCUGAACACGUCUGGCCUGAGAGACAUCACCACAUACCAUACCAUUUUCCUCCUGACCAUUUUGGGCUCUAUGGCCCUGCUGGUUCUAAUCCUGCUUUGCUUGCUGCUCUACUACUGCAGGAGGAGAUGCCUGAAACCCCGACAGCAUCAUCGUAAAAUGCAUAUCUCCUCCACUCUAGAGAGCUCCAAAAGAGACCAGGGUACGUCCACUUCCCAGCUCAAUCUCAUCAGCAGCGCGCACAUGGAGACAGCCUCCUCUACUGGAGACCCAGAUGGUGUGAAAUCUGACCUCUCCUCCACCCGGGACCUGCACAGCUCGCGGGAGGACUUCUUCAGACAUGGCUCUGGCCACAAGUCACACCACUCAAAGGCUAGCGUGAACAGCAAGCGUGGUGAGAGCUUCCCGCUGCAGGCCACCCGCUCCACCAACACUAACAAUCUGGACCUGCUCUUGCGAGAUGAUGUUGCCAGAGGCUACAGCUCGGCCGAAGAUUCUGAUGACCGCAGGCACAAUCACCAUCACCAUAAUGCCAAGGACAACCAAGGUUACACCUCUGAUCCUCCAUCUCCCCCACCUUUGCUGCCUCCAUUUGCUGGCCAUUACCACAGCCGGGACAGCAAGCCCCCAGAUUACUGUGCCUCCCAGGCUGCAGAUCACCUGAACAGGCCUGGCUCUGUGAAUACACAGCCUGGCCAGCUCAUCUUCUGCCACUCCAUGGAGCAGAUGAAGGAGAGCAUGUACCACAGCGUGGUGCCCACACUAGUCAUCCCGGCACAUUACAUGCGCCUCUCUUCAGAUCUUUCAGCCGUGGAGCAGGCCAUGGAGAGGCAGCAGCAGCUUCAGCAUGACAUGGAGGGCAUUCAGGUUAGCAUGACACUUCCUCGCCAUCAGAGUCAGCAACAGCAGCAGCAGUCCGCCAAGCCACAGAAGGAGGAGGACAAAGCUGACCAGCAGGGAGAGGGAUCUGAAGAGCAGAACGGGGCUUCAGACUCUUGUUCCACAGGCGCCGUCCACAUCCCUGUGCUGUUUGAUGACUCCACCAUGGCACAGGUUAAUGGGGAGUUGAAGGCACUUACAGAGAAGAAGCUGCUGGAGCUAGGUGUGAAACCGCAUCCCCUGGCAUGGUUCGUGUCCCUUGACGGUCGCUCCAACUCCCUUGUCCGCCACUCCUACAUUGAACUAGGCAACGAGGCCUUGCGGGCUCCAGCCCAGGAGCACCGGGCGGAAACAUAUCCGGGAAAUUCAGGCAGGUCUUCGCAGAGGAAGAGUAAAGAGGAGAGCAAGGUGAAGGAAGGAGGUGAAAGGAAGGCCCACGGCAAGAUCUAUUCCAAGCUUCCUGUCAUUGACACUACAGAUCCUAGCAGCAGCAGUGAAAGCCACACGGCCACAUACUCACCAGAGGAUAGCUCAAUGGCACCACUGCUGGACGAGGCCCCAGAAUGUUCCCGGGGAGGAACGUUUCCCCGCCGAGGGCGCAGUCGGGACAACAGUGCUUGCAGCAGUGCCACUGAGGUCCACAGGGACUCAGUGACCAGCCCCGACGACGAUGAUAAUGAUGACAAAGAUGAUGAAGGAGAGAAUAAGAAGAGCCCUUGGCAGAGGCGUGAAGAGAGGCCACUCAUGGUGUUCAACGUCAAGUAGACAGUGAUACUUUGUAACACUCUUGACACUUCGUCUACACUUUUGCCCCUCUUCACUUAUGGUCACAGUAGGAACAAGAAUACAAGAAAAACAGUCGAAAGCACAAAAAGACAUAGAGGACGACACUUACCCAAGGACGAGGUGGCUAAUGACCUACUCUUUUAGAAGUCACUUUGCAUCAGGGCAGGCAAACUGGGUGUAGCAGUGAGAGCCACUUGCCAGGUAGUACCUGGUUAGUGGUUAAUGCUCACAUCUUCGUAGAUGUCCUGCAGAUGUAAGCAGGAUGAUAAAUCACAUGGGAUGUUGACACCAUGUCACAGAACCAGAGGAUGCCAUAUUUUCUACAGUCUAGUUUAUUAUUUGACAUUUUUUAAUCUUUGCUGUGGUUAACUGUCAAUGUCACCCCUCUCAAGUGGUGUUCCUCCUCCCUCUAGUGACCCUUCCUACUCCACAGUAGGAAUGUCUUUGAGCCAUUUUAAACUGACUUUGGGAAGUAAUCCACAGGCCUUAAAGAAUGUCUCAACAGAGAAAGACAGCUUAAGAAGUGAGACACAAAACAGAGACUGAAUCAAGAAAAUUUAGUGUUUUAUUUCUUUUUCCUGAAGCUGUGGGCUUUGUCCCAGGUUUGGUUUUAUAUAAUUCAUUAGCGCUGAAACACAGAGAUGUGUGUAUAUGUGUUUAAAUCAUACCUUUCACAAAAGGGAGUGGCAUAGUCAAUUAGUUUAAUCUGCUUUUACUCAAAAUAUGACAAACUCAAAUAUUAUGAAUUUUGCUCCUGGUAGAAGCUGCUCUUUGAACCUGAUCUGAGUUAUUGAAACUACAGCACUUUUUUUUCCUUUUUUGUAGCUUCAGUGACUGUUCUGCUGUGAGAUUUAACUGACUGUUUGCAAAAUUCUGACAUUUAAAAACACACAGAGGAGUGCAUUUAUAUUCAUUUAAAAAGAAACUGGCUUUACGGGAUGAUGGGAUGUUUGAGACUUGCAAAAUAUACAUGUACACCAAAUUAGAGUGAACAAAAAAAUGGUUCUGGAAACCAUGUUUACAUUAAUCAAACCAGGGUAAUCAUAUAGUCUCUCGAUGUUACAGCAGUAGGUUUUCAAGUGUAAUGAGGAGAAGAUAAAAGUUAUCCCUUCAAAUUAGCUAAUGCUAAAGCUAACACUGGAGCUAGUCAGAGCAACAUAAGAUUCUGAGGAGGACUCUUUGUCUUUACACAGUCUUUCAGCAAACUUUAAUGAAAGAAUACAGAAAAUGGUAUGUGCACAAGUGCAUUAAUAUUUUAUCUUACACAGUGUUUAAAUCACAAAUGUGAACACUCUACAGUCCUGCUUAAUCUGACUAAUUUAUCCUGCUAACUUUCAGCAGCUAAUUAGCUAACUAGUUAGCUAAUUGAAAUAGUUAAAGAACUGAUCUUAACAUUUUUCAGUAAUGUUAUUCAUUGUUAGAUAUCAUAUUAAGUGUGUAUUUUUAGCAAUGACACUAACAAAAAAGAUUAAAAGAUUACAAAUUAGCUUACCUUGGAGCCUGUGAAAGUCUGUUAUUAGUUUUCACCCUGAGCUGUGAGGGUGGUCCUCCACAGAGUUUCAUCCAAAACAUUUUCAGCUUCAAGAAUGAAAUAUAAACAACAUAUCCUUCAGAUCAGCAUAGUGUGUGUCAGGCACAAUACUUUCCUCAGUAACUUUUUUCAAUUUUUUUUUUUCGCUUGAUGGAGGAAGAAAUGUUUAGAGACAACUGGGAUUGGCUGAGAGAUGUGUCAGUCAUAAUUUUGCAAACGGUCAGUGUAUGUGUCAUGCAGAUUUUGUUCAGAUUACUGUAAUUCUACAGAUGUUUUACAUUAACCUCUUCAAAUACACUUAUUUUCUGCCAAUUAUUGUAUUGUGUAAAUCCAGGUAAGGUAGGCUGAUUUUGGCAGGUAUUAAGUUAUCAGUUGGACAGUGUAAUUUCAGUUGAUAAGUCUAGAUCAUGGGUCACUAAUCUUAUCAACAAAGUGUCAAUGUGACUGCAAGUUUUAAUCCUACUUAAGCAGAAGCACACCUGAUUCCAUGUGUUUAAUCAGUUGGUCUCGGUCUUAAAACAACUACUGUGUUACAUGAGACGUGCUCCUGCUUUGUUGGAAUAAAAACCUGCAGCCUCAUCAUCCCUUCGCGGAUAUGAUCGGUGACCGCAGGUCUGGACUAUUGAAACAUAAAUGAUUGUGAAAUCCAAAUAUAUGGAACAUUACCACAUUCUUCAUAAUGAAACAAUAACUUCUGAUCAAAUAGAACUUCCUUUUCUACAGAGGCCUUCACAAGAUAUUAGCAUUUGUUUGAUUUUGCAUAUCCCGCUAUAAUGUAAGGUAAUAAAGUAGCAUUGCUCUAAAAGACAGUAAACAGACAAUAGCCUAGCUAGUUAAUGCACUGAAACAAUCAGCUCCAGCUACAGCUUAAAAUUGAUAACUUAUGGGAGGCUGGAAUAAACUAGAAUAAUGUUGCAUUAAGUCAGUACUUUAAUUUUUUGCCAUGUUACAGUCUUGUUUUAAAGGUUUUACUUUAGAAAUCCCUACCUGGCAUAAUGGGAAGAUAUUCAAAUGGGGAAUUCCGGUCUAAAACUACAGUUUGCUGUGUUAUUUGGCAUGUUAUACAGUAUUCUGUAAUCUAGCACUGUAUCCCACAGCGCCAUCAAUCUGACAGAAUUCAUAAUUUUAUAUAUUGUUUCAACGUUUCGUUCAUCAGUGUUCUCUCACAAUCCAGCAUGCAACAAACAGCCCUGAGGUGCCAGCCAAUCCAGGCUGCUAGCCUAGCCACUGAGAUAAAGGCUAAUAGAUACAAACAAGCUAUUACAUACAACCAAGCUAUUACCUCAGUCGUCAAACAAAAUUGUAAAGAAAAUAGUGAUUUUAUGUUUUUUUGUCACAAAAUGGACAGGCAGGUUUUCUACACUUUUAGCUAGAGAAACCAAACCAAACGGAGGUAAGGUAUUUAGAUAGCCUGGUAUCUGGUAGCAACCUUGCUAAUGUUAGCUUUUAGCUUGUUGUGCUCCUCAUCUGAUAACCUCCUAGCAGUAAUGUUAUCUAUCAGGUUUCCUUCUGCGUUCACCAGCUAACAAAAACAGUUUCAAAAUAGUUCACCCAGAAAAGUCCAUCUUGAGGCAGUGAUAGUUUUUCAGACGUUCCUCCUACCUUAAAGAUAUGUCAUCAGAAGAGGGUUUUCAAAGUCUUUGAACAGGAAAAUCUUACUCUGGAGACUAUGCAGCACCACUGAAGCAUGUUUACAACACAUGUAGUGAUGGUAACUUUUUUAUUUUGUCCAGAGUGUCUCUUUAAGAUCCGAUUAUAAAGAGCAGCUUCUAUCUGGAUGUAUUUGUACUCCAAAUCUGCCUGGUAUAGAAUGGUCUGAGCCACCUUCUCACGCACUUGAUAUAGCUGGAUCAGUGUUGAAAAGUGAAGGAGUGUGACUGACCAGGCUGUGGUGGCCUGGCUCUUCUCAUUU